CGCGGUAUUUUUACCGAUCCUGUCUGAUUUACUACCGCGCUAAAAGAUUUGGCUGACCGGUCAAAUAUUUGAUCUAUACUUAAUAUACAAUAUCCAACAUAUACCCCUCUAUUUUCUACCCUCCUUCCUAAAGGCUUCGAGAUCGACACGAAAGAGCAAACGGAAAUCAAAUCACCACAACUAUACGAAUUUUCUUUAGCAUAAUCCUCUGAUUCUUCCAAUAUAUUUAUUCGGUUAUUUUCCUGAAUACAUCAUGAGGGACACUCCUAAUGUUGUCAUUGGUCCCUUGUCGACCAUCUCUGCCACCAUACUCGAUUCUCACGGACCCCCAACUCCUCAACAUUCCCAGCCUAGUCAGUCAGAAGUGGCUAGCGAGGAUGAUGGACCUUGGAAAGAUCCCCUCACAGCAUUCUACAUUCCACUACCCGAAAAGAGUAUUCGAAUUCUCCACCUCGAUGGCAUCAAAACAGAUGCCCGUGCAGAAGAGCCUCUUACCAGCGAGCUUGUUGUUACUAAACUAGCCGACUCGCCUACAUAUGAUGCACUGUCAUAUGCUUGGGCCUGCCAUUCCGAUCCAGCCACAUGCGAAUCUCCCCGGCGUUGUUGUACUCCCCUCAAAGCACCCAACGCGUACACCAUUCAAUGCACUAUCCGCUGUGGUGGCUCGGAGACGUCACAGAAUGUACCAGUCAGCAAGAAUGGCUACGUCGCGCUCCAGGCACUGAGAAGACAGUUGGGUUCAAUCAAAAUUUGGAUUGAUUAGAUUCGGCGAUUUUAAGUUGGCAUAGCGAACAUAUCCCUGUGAUCCUAGGUCAGCGGGCCCUCUUUGUUGAUUCCGAAGGGCAUAUAGGAUCGGGACCGCUAAAUAUGGAGGAAGGUGACCAGGUCGCACUCCUUGCAUAUAUGCCCGUGCCAGUCAUUUUACGCCGAUACGGUGACAACGAUAGGGAUAGGGAUGAAGAAAACACGCGGCACUGGUUUGUGGGGCCGGCAUUUAUCCAUGGCAUGAUGAAGGAAAAGGCGUGGAGCGAGGAUCGAGUAACCGAAUUUCGACUUGUUUAAAGGGAAAUGGUAACUAUGGUAGAUUUAUUAUUUUUAUCGGAGUGGUGGGAAGAGUUACUAAGCAGUGCUUACAAAACUGCACGAUUUCUGUUUUGUGAGCGCACUUUUGGGCUGGACUUGACUCCUUCCAUGAGUAGUAACAGCAGCUGUCAGUUAUGUUCUUCCAGUUUCAAAGACUUAUAUACAUCUAAAUUUAGUUUCUUAAUAUAUACACCCCUAACUAUCUG